AUGUCAAACUUGCAGGGACCUAAUGCUUUUGCAGACGAUGGGAGGACCGCCAUCGAGCGCGUCACGGAAGUUCAGAGCCAUAAACUUGCCGAUAAUGAGCAUGAAUUAGAAAACGUAUACGAAAUAGAAAGGGUCGUUACUACUAUACUCGAUUUUGGGUAUGAAAAAAUAGCUCUUCAAUUUCCCGACGAACUGUUAGCGGAUUCGACACAAGUCGCGACGGCUCUGAAAAAGAGGACAGGAAGAGAUAUAUACAUUCUUGCUGAUACUUCGUAUGGCAGUUGUUGUGUGGAUGAAAUAGCUGCUCAGCACGUGAAUGCUGAUUUCAUAGUUCAUUACGGUCGGUCUUGUCUGAGUCGGACAACGCGAUUACCAGUCUUGUAUGUAUUCGGCAAGAAAACGAUAGAUGUUAGUCAUUGUCAUGAAGCUUUCAAUCAGCUUUUCGGUCAUAAUAAAGAACAGCCAAUACUUGUAAUGUACGAUGUUAUGUACGCUCAUUGCAUAGAAGAUUUUGUUCAACAAGUACAAGAAAGUAAUUACACAAAUAUAAUAAGAUCUUUCGUAAGGACAGAAACCAAUUUAAUACCACUCAAGGAAACUGACGAAGGUCAACAAACAGAGGCGUUUACCAGUGGGCGACAUUAUACGUUGCCAGAUGGCAUAACUAUUGAGGAUUGUAGAGUGUUUUACAUUGGAGAUGAGAGUUUAACAUUGACAAACUUAAUUAUGACACUUAACAAAUGCAAGUUCUAUACGUAUAACCCGAAGACGCGCGCUGGUCGGCAAGAAACAUUCCAAGUGAACAAAGCUCUAAUGAAAAGAUUCUACUUGAUUCAAAAAGCAAAAGAUGCAAACGUAAUUGGCAUUGUUGUCGGUACCUUGGGAAUUGCAUCAUACAUGACAAUACUUUCACGAUUGAAGAAUUUGAUCAGAAGGACUGGCAGGAGAUCGUAUACGUUUGCCAUGGGCAAACUUAACAUAGCUAAAAUGGCCAAUUUUAUGGAGAUUGAUUGUUAUGUCCUUGUUGCAUGUCCUGAGAACAGUUUAAUUGAUUCAAAGGAAUUUUAUCGUCCAAUAGUAACGCCGUUUGAAUUGGAAAUAGCUUUAGACAGGUCGAAAGAGUGGACCGGUGAAUAUAUCACCGAUUUCCAGCAGCUAUUAUCAGUCUCACACCAGGAGGCAAAUGAUGAAUUGCAAGAGCUCUUUGACGAUGAUGAACCGCAUUACUCAUUGGUCACAGGCGAGCUCAGGCAGGGAAGGAGAUAUGACACCCAAAACCAUGAGUUUUCAUCUGGAUCAACCACACUUGUGUUGAGAAAUAAAGAUACUUCUGUAUCCAAUGUUUUAACCAGCGCUGCAGGGGAAUUCUUCGCUUCAAGGACGUUCAGAGGAUUAGAACAGCGCAUCGGAGAGACAGAAGUGUCUUAUGCUGAAGAAGGGCGUUUAGGAACUGCAAGGCGAUAUGAUGACGAAGAUAUAUGA